AUGAAAGUGAAUGAGACUUUCAUAGUUCUAAUUCUGAAGAAGACGUGUCCAGAGUCUAUGAAGAAUCUACACCCAAUCGCGCUAUGCAACGUCGUGUAUAAAAUAGCGGAAAAGAUCUGCGCUAGCAGGUUAAAAAACUUGUUGCAUAAGCUGAUUUCUAGCGCGCAGAGUGCAUUUUUCCCGGGCCGCCUAAUUUCGGACAAUAUCAUGCUAGCAUAUGAAGUAAACCACUAUCUGAAGAGGAAAAUGCAAGGACCUGAAGGAGUUGUAGCCUUGAAGCUUGACAUGUCAAAGGCCAAUGAUCGGGUCGAGUGGCAGUUUUUGCGUGCGGUUAUGCUCAAGAUGGGGUUUGACAGUCGAUGGGUUGAUAGUUUGAUGGAAGCGGUAUCAUCAGUUCAAUACCGUAUAUUGCAUGAUCAGCAGCAUCUUGGGCUUAUAAUCUCGGGAAGAGGGCUUCGCCAAGGAGACCCGCUAUCGCCUUAG